AUGUCAUUUCGUCUUCCAGCAAGGACGCUCUGGCAAGCUGCCCCGAGAUUCGCCAAUAUACCACGAGUAGCUCCCCAGACAACAUGUUGGGCUCGCAGUUACGCAGUUGCAUCGGAUCAAAAUCGGACAGCCAUAGUAACAGGCUCUGCUCGUGGAAUCGGCAAGGCCAUUGCUCUUCGACUAGCUAACGAUGGAUAUGAUGUCUGUAUCAACGACAUAGAAGCCAACAAAUCUGAAGCCGACGAAGUUGUGAAACAGAUACAAGGCUUAGGGCGCAAGUCGUUCUCAUAUAGCGCCGAUGUAUCGAAUCUGAGCCAGGUCCAGGGUCUAGUGAAAGCGUCUGUUUCAGAACUAGGACCAUUAAACACCAUGGUAGCAAAUGCCGGUAUCGCGCAAGUCAAGGCGCUGCUCGAUCUUACAGAGCAGGAUCUCAAGCGCAUGUUCGAAGUAAAUGUAUAUGGCGUCUACAACUGCUAUGCUACCGCAGCGAAGCAGAUGAUCGAACAAGGCAGUGGCGGCAAGAUCCUCGGCGCAGCAUCAAUCGUGGCUUUCAAACCUUUCGCCCUCUUGUCUCACUACAGCGCCUCCAAGUGGGCCGUUCGUGGCCUUACUCAAGCCUUUGCUAUGGAAAUGGCUGAGCACAAGAUUACUGUGAACGCGUAUGCGCCUGGUAUCGUUGGCACCGCUAUGUGGGACCUCAUUGAUGAGAAAUUGGGUGAGAAGACAGGCGCGAAGAAGGGCGACACAAUUAAGAAGUACACGAAUGAGUUGAUCGCAUUAGGCCGAACAAGUGUGCCUGAAGAUGUGAGCAGCACGGUCAGCUUCCUGUGUAUUAUCAAAAUCAUCAUGAGCUACUGGCCAGGCGGCAAGUUUUAUGGGAUACCGGAUCUGGGCCCUGUAGAGGUAGAAGAAGGCUACUAUGACUUCGACAAUUAUAGCCGGCUUGAAACAAGAAGCGGUCCCAUUCUACUGGCGGAUCGUAUUAAUCCAGUUUCAGGGGGCAGUCAUAACCAACGCGCCCCUUCCGCAUUUCGCACAUCUACCCCACCUCCAAGACGACCUGAGCCUGCACGUGCGCAACGCGUUACGUCCGACAACAUCGACAGAUCGUUGCUAGACAAUUGGCAAAUGAGCUUAUCGACAAUCGAGAGCCUCUUCGCUGAAGUGCUCGAAAAUCGUAAUAGGGGGGAUGCUCCAACGUAUAGGAGGAAACGAGAUCAGAUGGAAAGCCUGUUGGAUAGCUUGAAGCGGGCGAUCCAUAACAGGACACCGCUAGCAUGA